AAUUUAAGAGACUAAAAUAAUAAAAAACAAUUAAUAAAAGAUUCUGCUGCAUCACCAACAAUGUCUAUAAUAUUGCAUCCUCCACACUCUCCAUUUCAACCAAUCGGCCAUCGUUCCACCACCACGUGCCCCACUUCUUCUUCCUUUUCUAAUCAUCCGUCGUCGUUUUGCUCUCGCAAUUUUUCGUCUCCUUCCUCCCGUAGCCGCUUUUCACGUGUUAUCGUUGCGGCGGUUACUACUCCCAACGACAUGGAGAAGAAGCCAGUGGAUACGGAUAACACGCUGCUUAAAAAAGGUAUAGCUGAGCUAUACGACGAGUCGUCUGGUGUAUGGGAAGAUAUUUGGGGAGAGCAUAUGCAUCAUGGCUUCUACGAUACUGAUAAGGAUUCUGAUUCCGAUCUUUCUAAUCAUAGAGCCGCUCAGAUCCGUAUGAUCGAGGAAGCUCUCCGCUUCGCCGGCGUUUCUGGUAAUUUUUAAUUUUUUAAAGAUCAG